AGUGAAUAUGACACAGAACAACAACAAGCUUGAAUAACAUGAGUAAUUUGGAGGCAUCAUUAUUUCAUUUAAAGUUUGCCGCCAAAUCGUUGAAUAAACAAUCAAUAAAGGCAUCAAAGGAAGAGCGAACAGAACGUGAAAAAGUGAAAAAGGCAAUCAUAAAAGGGAAUCAAGAAGUCGCUCAAAUAUAUGCUUCGAAUGCCAUUCGUAAACAGCAAGAAUCCCUUAAUCUUUUGAAGUUGUCAUCACGGAUAGAUGCGGUUUCUAGCAGACUGCAAACGGCAGUAACCAUGAGAUCUGUUUCGGGAAAUAUGGCUUCUGUAGUUCGUGGCAUGGAUAAAGCCAUGCAGAGCAUGAAUCUGGAUAGGAUUUCUCAAAUUAUGGAUAAGUUCGAAUCUCAGUUUGACGACGUUGAUGUUCAAACGGAUUACAUGCAUAAAACAAUGGGUUCUGCCACAGCUGUCGAUACUCCCCAAGAGAAUGUCGACCUAUUAAUGCAAUCCGUUGCUGACGAGGCGGGUUUGGAAUUCAAUCAAAAUAUGAAUAAUAACCUUUCUGUUCCUCAAGACAAGGUUCCAAAUUCUACGCCAGCUGUUGAGGAUGAUAAUCUUCAAGAGCGACUAAGAGCCUUGCGGUCAUCAUCUUAAAUUAUUUGAAUCCAUUGAUUUUGUCAUCCGUACGUGGAUUCCUUUACAGAUUUUUCUUUCUUUUCCCUACCGUUUCUUUUUUCUUCCGUUUACCAAAAACUAAUGAGCAAUCAUUUGUAAAUAAAUCUAAAAGUUGACUAGAUUUAUGUCUUGAGUAUAAUGAAUUAUUCUGUUUUGUGUCAAUCUUCGUAAAGUCCCUAUUGCUUUAACAAUGUAUGAAAUUCUGAU